AUGCCCGCUUCCCCCUGGCCCAGUGACCCUGACAAUACGGCUGGACAGAAGAGAAAUGGCACGCCGGGCAAGAAGAUGGGCGCGACGGACAAACAAGCAGCCAUGGACGGCAAGGACUUUGCCAAGGCCAUUGGCAUCAACAAGCCCGCCAACGUGCGCGACAAGAUAAAGCGCUGGCAGCAGGACGUCGACCCCGACGCCGCGAGCAAAGACGACGCCGGCGCAUCCGCUCCCGAGACUUCGACCAAGCCUGCAGCCUCGCCCAAGCCGCUGACGACGCCAAAGACGAAGCCCCACGACGACAAACCCAACUGGAAACCCGUGCACGAGCGAGGCGAGUCGGUCGGCGCCAGUCCAGAGCGCCCGGGCAGCGCAAAGAAGACGCCCGUUCCCCACAAUGAACUCGACGAGGACCUGCUCACGGCAACAGCGCCCAAGAAGCGCGUCAUCAGUGAUUCGCACUGGCGCGCCAAACAAUCACCACCAAAGGAUGCCGCUGGUCGCCCCCUGCCCAAGACAAUCCCAAACGCCUGGGUGCGCCCCUCACGCAUCAUCCCCAAGAAGCCCCCAAGCCCUGAGCUCAAGCCUUUGGCUCCCGUCACGCCUCAAUCAAACCCUCUGCUGCCCUUUGCCGAGUACAUAGGCAAGAGCACAGGACAGGUCAAAGCCCCGCCCAAGCCCCGCCGACCGUCCAAACCCUCGAGCUCAGAGAACGAUCCUCGCCCGACGAGUAGCGGGGCAGGAAGCGGCAAGGGUGCCAAGAGUGCGAAGAGUGACGAAGCCCCGUCAGGUUCUACCUCGCCUCAGCCCGACAAGGACAAAUCGGAGCUUGUGAGAAUCAGGCGUAGCAGACGACGCGCGCGGACAUCGCCACGCGCAUCCAUGUCGGCAGAGGAUCUCAUGCCCUUCACACCAUGGACACGAGGAACAGGACGAAGAUCCGGCUCAGUACAGAGUGACGACCCCCGCAAUGUCGUCACAGUCGAGUACGCAGAGAGCUCAGCCCCGUCUAUUAGCGAGAGCCGAAUCACUUCGCCACGAGACGAUGAAUUGCGAGAGAGACGGCGCCGGCGCCGUCCGAGAAGCAACGGUGCUCGCACAGAAGACGAGAGCACCAAGCCGGCGCCAAAACCCUCACGGAAGAAGAGUCGCAGGUCCUACCCCAGGACCCAAGAGGAAGCUGCUACACCAUUGAUCAUUCCAGCAGCCCAAGAGACGACCACUUCCACGAAACCACCGGGAAGCCGCUUAGAAGCCUGGCUCAGCAGCACGCCCGACCCCUUGGCAGAACCCAAGCCCCGACGCAGACGCAAGUCCAAGGAAUCUAUAUCAAGUCCAGAAUCCGCCUCCAAGGCCAGCAGAUCCGAAGUCACACUAUCCACCGACGUAACAUCCGAGAUUCCCGUCAAGAAGACGCGCUCGCGCCGCAGACGCAAGUCCAAGGAGUCUGUAUCGUCUCUCGAUCUGCCCGCUACGGUCGAAGGGUCAGAGGUUACUACCUCUACCAAGACAACACAAGAUGAGCCUACCAAGAAGUCACCACGAAGGCGCCAGUCAAAAGAAUCAGUCUCAUCUCUCGACCUGCCUUAUAAGGCUGAGCAAUCAGAAGUCAGUGCGUCCACUGAGACGACACGGGACGAACCUGUCGAGAAGCUCCGCCGUCGCAGUAGUGGUAGUGGUGGCGGUGGUAGCAGAAGGCGUAGAAGACGUUCGAGCCGCGAGAUGACCAUCAACACCCAAAAUCUUGAUGAGGCUCCGUCUACUGUCGUUUCAGAUGCCACGACCGAGACGACAGCCCAGGACCAGGAGAGUGAAGUAUCCGUCACCCCAACGCCCUCACUCAAGCGCCGUGGCGCAAAGCGCGGCCAGUAUUCUCCCACCAAGGGACGAUCCAUGUCCUCUCCUCUCCGUGAAUCUACCUCGAUCGAUGAUAUACCCAAGGAUGACGUUACUGAUCUGGACGCUGCUUCCUCCGCGCCUUCUUCAUCUGUCGAUAUGCCUGUGCCUGAUGCCAUGCCUAUGCCUUUGCGACCACGACAAAUUCUAGGUCCACGUAUGUUCCCUUCGACUGGCAAGCGCCUUUCAACUAUCGCUUCGUCACGGUCAGCGCACUCAUCGCAAGCGCCAGCUUCUGAUACCAUUACAACCAUCUCUGAGGAAGCAAGCACCGUUCCCGGAGCACCUGCAUCAGAAGUAGGCUCGUACUUGAACCCGGAAACCUCGACUAUUAUUAGCCGCCAGAGUACCCGCCGCAGGAAGCUUGCCAGCCAUGCGGAUCUCAUAUCCGUACUUUCCAUGCCCAAGGCAAGCUCAAAGUCCAAGAGCAUCGUCUCUGCCCGGAGUAUUCGUACCAACAGGAGUCGCCUGGCCACUGCCACUAUAGACGACAUAAUGAAGGAGCUUACUGCUGAUGAAGAGAAAUAUAUGCGGGAGCUCCGCACCUUAGUCGAUGGUGUUAUUCCUGUCCUUCUCAGCUGCGUCCUUUCCAAGUCCGAAUCCGCCAUCGCAGCUGGCCUGUUCUCUCGCUCUUCCAAGUCAGAUCCAAGUGAGGUAACCAAGCCAAUCGUUGACAUGGGUGUCUGUCUAGAGCGACUCAAGAACUUGCACAAGCGCGUUCCCAAGGAAGACUCCGAUGCGCUUGUCUCCUGGGCUCAGAGCGCGCAGCGGGUGUACUCCGACUAUAUCUCCGCGUGGCGCCUUGGCUUCCAAGACGUUGUAAUCAGUCUUGCACCAGCAGAUGACGAUCCUUUCAAGCCCGCGAAGGUCGUCAAUGGACCAGAAGACGGCGCGCCAUGGGACGAAGGCAUGCCGCGAAACGCUGAAGGAUACGUGAUCAACAGCGACGGCGAGCGUGUCGACGUCGCCUAUAUGCUCAAGCGCCCGCUAGUGCGACUAAAGUAUCUCUCCAAGAGUUUGAAGGGUAUCAACCACUUGAAACCCUCCGACCGAGUAGAGCAAAUCUCAAAGAUCUUCCAGGAUCUAGUUACGGCAGCACGCAAGCGUUCGAAUGACGAACAAGCCCGCCUCGAAGACGAGGCUGCGGCUAGCGUUGAUCCCACUCGCGCCCGUGAUCCCCGAAGCCUCGCCCCCCUUGCGGGCGUCCGGGUUGAUUCCACGCGUUGCGUGCGAGCCAGAGAUCAUUUCGAUCUCCACCUGUUCCACUCGAGUGGUCAGGAAAUGAGUUGUCGCGUUGAGCUCCUGCUCCGUGAUAAUGCACCAGGCACAGGAGUCGGAGGUGACAUACUGUUCUGCGAAGUGGACCCGACAGGACGUUGGUUACUCCUACCACCUGUCCAGCUCAGUAACGCCUCCGCACGAAAUGGCGAUCUGCAAGGCGAAAUAAUCGUCAUGAUUCGUGGGAAACAAAAUGACGGAUCAGAAUGGAGUGAAGUCAUGUCCUUGAUAUCCGAGGAUGAACAGGCUGGUUUCGAGUGGGUGCAAAUGCUCGGUCUCAAUCCCAUCCCACCUCCAAUCGAAGAAGUAAGGAAAAAUCAGGCUACAUCCAACAAUGCGCAAAGGCCUGCCAGCAGCCACGGAUCGUCUUCCCUCCUCUCAGCCGCAACCCAAUCUACACUUCCACAGAAGAGCAGGACACCAAGCCCACAUGAGAUUGACAUCCCUAUUGGCGAGCAACAUACUGAAGUAUCAAAAGUAUGGCACUACGACACUCCCGAUAGGCGUAACCAGUCUCGUACCAUAUCGCCUAUCACUCCACCCAGUGGUGAUGGCUCUCAUAUCAACGCAUAUGAUUCAGAGCCCCAUACGCCCAUAGAUGCUAUGCAGACCGCCUAUCAGCUCCUCAACGAUCCUGACAGGACGCCUCGCGGUCUUGAUGAGGCAGUACGAGCGGAAGGCACCGGGUCACCUUCGAGCUUGAAACGAACAAGGGCGAAGAGAUUAUCUAAGAACCCCACUCUUUCCCCACACUCAGCACGGCCGUCUCGCCAGAUCACGCUCGAAGAUCCGGCAGAUCCAGAGAAGACUAAAUCGCCGGUCCAAGAGACUAAACCACGUCGGAAGUCUACUAAGAAGCGUCCCCAAAAGAGCUACAGUGUCUGGAUGCCAUCCUCUCAAGUAGAUGAUUCCGACGAGUCCGACGAAUCUUACAGUUCUGAAGAAGACAAGAGCACUGUCAAAGACUCAGAGAUCUCACCACCUGGCUCGCCUCCCUCUCCACAGCGUCCACAAGCACAUAGACGAGUGUCCUCCGUUCCCUCGCUGGAAUUACCGAGCAUCCCAAGACAAAGGAAGUCAAGCCGUCCAUCAACACCAACACAAGAUGCAGGAGAUGAAGAAGACAGUGUUCGGGAGUCUUCAGCCUCUGCACCAUCGAAGAUGCAUGGAAAGAGCCACGAUAUAAUUGUCGAAGAUAUUGUAGAGCCCAAAACAGAGGUCGAGGAGCCACCGCCAACACCACCACACCGAUCUUCUAGUCCCGCAACCCCUGUAACCCUAAAGGGAACCAAAACGCCAGUAUUCACCCCAACACUGCCUGGCUUCAAGAACAAGAGGCGAUCAUCAUCACCUUUGAAGCAUGAGUAUGAGCCUUCUACCUGCACAGAGGAGUCAAGCGAAAGUGAGGAAGAAUCUCCCUCUGAGGAUGAGGUGGGCGAGGAAGACGAAGAAAGCCUGACCUCGGAGUCGUCAGAAGAUGAACUGGAUGACGACGUUCCCAUGCCGCUCAUGCCAAUCGGAUACCUUGGGCCACGCGGAUACCCUGGGCGUACAUACACCACUGGCAGAGAAACUAGCCGUCCUGCCCCCGCGGAGAAGGUAGAGAAAACCGAGAAGGUUGAAGAUGAGACUAAAAAGUUCCCCAAAGUCUCACCUCCCGCAUCAAUUUACACUCUUCCCAAUGGCACUAUCACCCCAUCGCAAUCCGCGUCGAACACGCCAUACAGAGCUGUUCCGCAAGGUUCCGGCAAGGCUUCAAAGACCAUCGCAUCUAUCUUCGCCUGGUCUGAUAAUGGCCGAUGGGAUAGUUUGCAUCCAGACGAAUGUAGCAUCGUCAUUACGCCAGGCAAGAUCGAGGUCUACGAGAUCUCGAUCAACCAUUCUAAGCCUUUCCUGGCCGACGGCGACGAGAUCAUCACUCCCGAGGGAGGUGCUCCCCUAAUUGCGGUUGAGCUUACCCCUCUGGUGCCGUUGCGCAAAUCGACGGCCAUUGAUAUCUCCAUUCGCUCCCCACCUACCGCAGAGUCGCGCAUUAAAGCUGGCAACAACAUCAUGUUGAGAAGUCGCAACGCAGCUGAGUGCUCGCAACUAUAUGCCAUGAUCAACCAAUCCCGCAUCAACAACCCGACCUACAUAGCUCUUCAGAACGCCCGCGGCCCUUACGGACAAUCGAGCUGGGCCGAGGCAAUGGACCGCCAGAACGCAGCUAGGACAAGCGCUGAGUCUUCUGGUUGGCUGGGUGGCACGUUAGGAAGGAGAAGCAGCUACCGCAAGUCAAGCACACGCGCUGCUUCCAUCUCUGCAGCCACUGAAUCGUCCGUUGGCACUAUGAAUUCUGCCCUCCGCUCGGCAUUGGGUCGCUUUUCGUUCGGCAAGAGCGGUGUCUUCAGCAUCCGCAACUCGACGCUCGGAUCGCGUAGUACAGGUUCCUCGUUCGAUAACGGCUCCAAUUCUCGACCUGGCUCGGGCGCAACUACACCUACAGGCGAUGGAAUGCGAGCGCCUGGUGCACCAGCUGGCAUUACAAACACCAAGUGCAGGCUUUACGAGCGAGAAUCACUUAAGAAAUGGCGCGACAUGGGCAGCGCACGGCUAACAAUCAUGCUGCCCUCACCUAACCCAAGCGAGCCAUCGUCACCCAUUAACCCACGACAGCGCGCACCUGGCACAAGAGACCACACACAGGAGCGACGCAUUUUGCUCACUGGCAAGAAACAUGGCGAGACACUGCUUGACGUCACCUUGUCCGAGACAUGCUUUGAGCGUGUCGCACGAAGUGGUAUCGCUGUUAGCGUAUGGGAAGACCAUAUGAAUGAAGACGGUGAGGUGGGUGGUGUAGGCAAGACUGGUGGUGUCUUGGGUGCAAGAGCAAGAGUUUUCAUGAUACAAAUGAAGAGUGAGAGGGAGUGCGCAUACUGCUUCAGUCUUCUUGGUAAGCUGAGGUACUAA